GGUUUCCUCCGAGCGGCGCGAGUCUGAUAACGCGACGACAGGGAAGGCCGGCCAUUACGCGUAACGUGAUUGUUACAUUCGAUUAAAUAAUCGACGGUUGUGUGCUCUACGCGUUAUUUUUCCCCGUCCGAAACUCUUUCCAGGAUUACGCGAUUAUCCCCCGGGGUGUGGAAGCUUGGUGCGGAUCCGGGUGUGUACGUCGUCGCGAUCGAUCGAUUCCGGGCGACAGUUCGAUCGAGGUAGCUAGAACCUCGACAACAUGGGCAAGGAGAAGAUCCAUAUUAACAUCGUGGUGAUCGGGCACGUGGACUCCGGCAAGUCGACGACGACCGGUCACCUGAUCUACAAAUGCGGCGGUAUCGAUAAGCGGACGAUCGAGAAGUUCGAGAAGGAGGCGCAGGAGAUGGGUAAGGGCUCCUUCAAGUACGCCUGGGUGCUGGACAAGCUCAAAGCUGAGCGCGAGCGCGGUAUCACCAUCGAUAUUGCCCUGUGGAAGUUCGAGACGGCCAAGUAUUACGUUACCAUCAUCGACGCGCCCGGUCAUCGCGAUUUCAUCAAGAAUAUGAUCACCGGGACCAGCCAGGCGGACUGCGCGGUGCUGAUCGUCGCCGCCGGUAUCGGCGAGUUCGAGGCCGGAAUCUCGAAGAACGGGCAGACUCGCGAGCACGCGCUGCUCGCCUUCACGCUGGGCGUGAAGCAGCUGAUAGUCGGCGUCAAUAAGAUGGACAUGACUGAUCCGCCGUACUCGGAGACCCGCUUCGAGGAGAUCAAGAAGGAGGUGUCGUCGUACAUCAAGAAGAUCGGCUACAACACCGCCUCGGUCGCCUUCGUGCCCAUCUCCGGCUGGCACGGCGACAAUAUGCUCGAGCCUUCCCCGAAAACCCCCUGGUACAAGGGCUGGAAGGUGGAGCGCAAGGACGGCAACGCCGACGGCAAGACGCUCAUCGAGGCGCUCGACGCCAUCCUGCCACCCUCCAGGCCCACCGACAAGGCACUGCGAUUGCCGCUUCAGGAUGUCUACAAGAUCGGCGGUAUCGGAACCGUACCUGUCGGUCGGGUGGAGACCGGUAUCCUGAAACCAGGUAUGCUGGUUACGUUCGCGCCGGCGGCUCUCACCACCGAGGUAAAGUCCGUCGAGAUGCAUCACGAGGCACUGACGGAGGCCCUGCCCGGCGACAACGUCGGCUUCAACGUGAAGAAUAUCUCCGUGAAGGAGCUGAGGCGCGGCUACGUGGCCGGCGACUCCAAGAAUCAGCCGCCGCGCGGCGCCGCCGACUUCACCGCCCAGGUGAUCGUACUUAAUCACCCGGGACAGAUCAGCAACGGUUACACACCGGUCCUCGAUUGCCACACCGCCCACAUCGCGUGCAAGUUCGCCGAGAUUAAGGAGAAAUGCGACCGUCGUACCGGUAAGACUACCGAGGAGAACCCAAAGAGCAUCAAAAGCGGGGACGCGGCCAUCGUGAUGCUGCAGCCGACCAAGCCGAUGUGCGUCGAGGCCUUCCAGGAGUUUCCACCCCUGGGUCGUUUCGCAGUCCGCGAUAUGCGUCAGACCGUCGCUGUGGGUGUUAUUAAGAGCGUCACAUUCAAAGACACCCAGGGCAAGGUAACAAAGGCCGCGGAGAAAGCCCAGAAGAAAAAGUAACCAUCAAGCUUCCUCGGAAGCUCGCAGUCCGCCGGCUGGUGCCCCGUGUCAGCAGGCGUCCCCGCGCAGCGGGGUCCUACCGUCAGGACGCAGCACGCCGCCGCGGUGGCUGCCCCUAUGCUCGACUCAUACUACUCGUCGACUAAUACCAAAAGUCAUAAGAUGUUGUGCUUACCCCCGUUACAUUACCCGGUAGUGUUGAAUCCGCGCAUCUAUCCGAACCUACACAUUCAGUUCACCCACGCCCCGCGCACGCCUCACAUAUGCUAGGGGGACGCGUCGCCCCGCGUCUCACCGCGUUUAUCAUUAAUUACUCGAUAUUGACGAUAUGUGUCCGAUAUUACCAGGUACUCAGUUCCCUUGGACUCUGUGUAGUUAGGUUUUUCAAUUGAUGAUACAACAUCCGACAAACAACAACAAUAACAAACGGGAUGUCGCGAGGACAGCCACGCCUGGUAUCUUCUCUCGUUCUCGUUCAGCGGGAGGGAAGAAGAAGCGAGGCAGCGGCUGCAUCGCCUUUCCCUGUCUGUCGGAUAUAUCUCAUCGAUGAUGUAUCGCGGGACGCCGCAACGAAUAUUUACGCCGCAGCGACGACGACGAGGCGAGCACCGCUGGCUCGCGCGUCCCAGCAAGACUUCACUCGAUCGAUUCUUUUCGAAGGGUUCGUUAAGGCUGAUUUGUUCCGAGACUUGGUUGCCUCGCUGUGCGCGCGAUUAGUUUUUAUUAUACUUAUAAGAUACUUAUCUGUAGUUAGGGAUCAUUAGGGACUAUAUACUCUCCCCCUCCGUCAUCAACGAGUCGCCGGCUAUCUCCCCUCUCUGAAGAGCGGAGGAAGUAGAAUCGCCUCCUUGGAGAGGAUGAGACAUCCGUCGCGAGUCGCCCACGUUAACCUCGGCGCUCUACCCUCCCGCUGACCAUAGACGCGUUCUAUGAUAUUGUUUUGACCCUUAGCCAGUAUUACGUUGAUGUAAUAAAAAAAAUCUUUAAUUGCA